AUGGCUUCUCAGGCGACCUUCAAAUCCAUCAAGGCUGUCAUUCCCCUCCUUGACAGAGUCUUGGUGCAGCGCUUCAAGCCUGAGACAAAAACCGCUGCUGGCAUCUUCCUUCCUCAGUCCGCGACCACCAACCCGCUACCGGAAGCUACCGUCAUCGCUGUCGGGCCUGGUGCGCCCAACAAGGACGGCAAGGUUAUCCCUACGCAGGUGAAGGCGGGCGACCGUGUGCUCCUGCCAGGCUGGGGUGGUAGCUCCAUCAAGGUCGGCGAAGAGGAGUACUUCCUCUUCAAGGAUGCAGAGAUCCUUGCUAAGAUCAAGGAGUGA